UAGUAGUGUAGCUUAGAUUCGGAUCCUUCUGGCUGCCUAUGCUCGAGCUGCUGCUUCUAGGGAGGAGGCCAAUAGGGACCCUGUGUCGGCCAGGCUGUUGUAGUGUUGAAGUCCAUAUCUAGUCCACUCAAGUCUUCCAGACCACGUGCUUUGUGCUUUGAGACCAGGAGAACCUUGGUGUUCUGAAAUGAAGAUGGAGGCAGUGGGAAAAGCAGAAGAACUUGUUGAUUUGGAAGUUCCACCAAAGACUUCUGAAAAGCAAGAGACGGCUCUUGAUGAAGAUGAACAUAUAGAACUGGGGGGACAAACUCAGAAAGACACUGUGCCCACUGCAGCAGAUUCUAUAGUGCUCUCUUCAAUGCCUUGCUUACUAAUGGAACUGAGACCAUCUGCAGAGAACAGCAAGCCACUGGGUGGUCGAGUUUAUGAGAGUGAUUCUUCUAAUCAUUGCAUGCUUUCCCCUUCUUCCAGUGGGAAUUUGGCUGACUCAGAUACAUUGUCUUCCACAGAAGAGAAUGAGAGCUGUCAAGCUGAAGCUGCUGUAGAGGGAGACCUUUCCACAAUGUCUGAGGCUGCAGUUGGGAGGAAAUCCAGGCGAUCUAGGUCUGGAAGUGAAACUUCAACAAUGGCUGCUAAGAAAAAUCGACAGUCUAGUGAUAAGCAGAAUGGUCGAGUUACCAAAGUAAAACGAAGCCAAAAGCACAAAGAAAGAAUCCGGCUCUUAAGACAGAAACGGGAGGCAGCUGCUCGCAAGAAGUACAACCUGCUGCAGGACAGUAGUACCAGUGAUAGUGACCUGACAUGUGACUUGAGCACGAGUUCAUCAGAUGAUGAUGAAGAGGUUUCAGGGAGCAGCAAGACAAUCACUGCAGAGAUACCAGAUGGCCCUCCAGUUGUAGCUCGUUAUGAUAUAUCAGACACAAAUUCAGACCCAGAAGUGGUAAAUGUGGAUAAUUUGUUGGCGGCUGCAGUAGUUCAAGAGCACAAUAAUUCUUUAGGAAAUGAAGACUCGGGAUCUACCUGGAGAACCAGAGGGCUACUAGAUCAUUUGACUGCUGGUACAGGUCAUUUGGAUCCAGGCUUCCUCGCAAGCAAUAAAGCCUCUUCUGGUAAUACUCAAAUCAAUAAAGAAAUUAAUAUCGCCUCUUCUGAUAGCGAAGUAGAGAUUGUUGGAGUUCAGGAACAUGCCGGGUGUGUGCAUCCCAGGGGAGGUGUGAUUCAGAGUGUGUCUUCCUGGAAGUAUGACUCAGGCUCACAGUACAUUAACACUCAGCAAACCCAAUCGUGGACAGCUGUGACCCCUCAGCAGAAUUGGUCUUCACCCCCAGAAGUAGUAGACCUCACUUUGGAUGAGGAUUCCAGACGAAAAUAUCUAUUGUGA